UUUAGGGUUCGUAAUAGAUUAGUAUGGUACGAAGAAGCAAGAAUACGUCAAAUACAUCUCCAGUGAUUGUGGAGGUAGAUAGUGUGCAGGGACAAAAUGGUGCCGAUCCCUGGACAGCCAUUGAGAAUGGCGAAGCCGUGACAGCAAGAGAGGUAUUCUACAAGAAACCGAUUCCCGAAGAGCCACGAGUGAAACAUUACGAGAAGUUUAAAAACAAGAAGCAGCGCUUGAGUGAUGGUUCAGCAGCUGAACGGGUAGAAAUUCUCAAGUGUAAUCAGAAAGGAGUUAAGAGAAGAUUAUCUAAUGCCAAUGGAACCCCGACUGAAUCUCCUGCAAAGAAGGUUCCUCUCAAAAAAGUGAAACUGAAUAAUUCUGAUGGCGAUGUCAACGUUUUUGCUGAUAUGAUCAAGAAGAAGAAUAGUAAUGGUAUCAAAGCUAGGAACGGGAAAAAGAGGUCUCUUGAUGCUGAGGGCGAUGUAGAAAAUGAUGAAAAUGAAAAUCUUGAUGGAUUGGAGAGCGAUGAUACUUACAAUUCUGAUGAAGAUGAGGAUUUCGAUGAAGAACUCGAAGACGAGGAGGACGACGUGGAUGACGAAGAAGAUGAAGAUGAAGAAGUGACUGAUGAAGAUGAAGACGAUGAACUGAUUGAUGAAGUUGUUGAAGACGAUAAAGAAGAGGGGAUUGAUGAGGUUGGACACCGAGAUGAUAUGGUCAAACCAAAGCGAAAGAAGGUCGUUAAUGGUGAGAUUGUCGAAACCGACUCUGAACCGGAAGGAGAAGAAGAUGUGGAGUAUGUAUCUGACGAAGAUGAUGAAGACGAGGAGGACUUUAGCUCUGAUGUCGACGAUGAGGACUCUGAGGAGGAAGCAUAUUUAGGCGAAGAUAGGGAAGCAACAGUUCUUCAGUGGACUCAUGGAGAUGCCAUUACGAUGCUCCCAGAUUUUGACAACUUCCCAUUUGCCGACAAGGAUUCGUCAAUCUCUGCCACUCGCGCUUUUGCAUGGAUGGUAGCACCUUGUGAUGUGCAGACGUUCUUCAAGGAUUUUUAUCAGUCAAACACACUCGUUGCAAAGCGGAACAUGCCAAAUUACUACUCCAAUCUGUUCUCAGUUGAACGUUUGGUAGAGCUUUUGGAGAAGAAUCAUCUGGAAUACGGUAUGAAUAUCAACAUUGCCGAGUAUAAAGACGGGGUUCGUACUACUUUGAAUGGAACUGGCCGUGUCUACUCUAGCCAUCUCAAAGAGCAUGUCGCUGCUGGUCGUUCUGUACAAUUUGUAAACCCUGCCACUUUUGAUGACCGUGUAUGGUAUUUCAGCGAGAUCCUGCAAGAGAUGUUUGGCUGUUUCGUUGGCGCAAAUACAUAUCUAACCCCGGCUGGCACAGCUGGCUUUGCUCCUCAUUGGGAUGAAAUUGAUGCAUUCUUGCUGCAGCUUGAAGGAAAGAAAUACUGGAAGGUUUAUGCGCCAGACUCAUGUGACGAUGAGUUGCCUCUAGAGCCAAGCGAAAAUUUCAACGAUAAUGAUAUGAAGGGUCGCAAGCCUUGUUUUGAGGGUUGGGUUGAGGCUGGUGAUCUUUUGUACAUCCCACGUGGAUUUAUUCACCAGGGUUCCACUGGAGAAGAUGCUCACUCGUUCCAUCUGACGAUUUCCAGUGGAAGGCUUUGGUCAUUCGCUAAUCUUAUGGAAAAAAUGGUCCCUGAAGCAGUGAAAAGUUUGACUGCUAAUAGAUGGAAAAUACGAAAGACACUUCCUGUUGGAAUGUUGGACAUGGGUGGAGUGGCCGAUAUUGAUUACCGCAUGGAGGAACAUUUUCAUGAAAAAUGGAAGAAGGUGCUUGAUCGUCAUAUGACUGUGCUUCGAAAUUCGCUGAGGGAAGUUUGUGAUGGGGGUAUCGAUCUAAUGGCUAGGGAAUUUAUGAGAACUGCUCUUCCUCCUAGGCUCACUGAUGAAGAGAAAGCGCUUAGCGCAGUAGGGGCACGCACGGACAUUCUCAGUGGUGAGGUGAUGGAGUUCCGUCCCAGCACAAGAGUCAAACUCAUUCGACGACAUGCUCAAAGACUCAUUUUCGAGAGCGAAGAUAAUUGCUACAUAGUGCAUCGCAUGGCUAAUUCUCGCAUAUAUGAAGGUCUACCAGAACAAAAUUUUGAGCUGCCAGUUGAGUAUGUGAGUGGAUAUAAUGCGCUUUGCGACAGUUAUCCUGAGUGGAUGUCAUUAUCCGAGAUGCCUGAAAACAUGAAUGGUGUAGAAGUGCAAGCGCUGUGCCACCUGCUUUAUUACCAUGGACUGAUCAUGGUUCAACAGCUCCCGGACAGAAUAAAAAUAAAGAAGAAGAAGUCGAAGAAAACGGCGAAGUAAAACUUCGGGUGUCCAUAUUGUUCUCAGAUUAUGUUGUUGUUGUGCAUUUUGUUACAAACUUGUUAUUUUUUGUUUCCUUACUGCUUGUUAGAGUGGAGAUUAGAUUUCUAAUAAACCUUGUAAAUGCGCG